AAUAUUUAAAGCAGGUCAUGUCAUAUUGCAGGGGGUUAGAGCCCACCCACACAUUGCAUUUGCUGUUACAGACGUUUUCUGUACUCUGUGUUGAAGUAUCUUCAUGUUAUUUGUCAGUGAUCUGAUACAAUAGACUGUCAAGAAUGUACUGCUGCUUUCAAGCCAUGACUCUGAAUAGUAACUAGCAAAACCUGUUUGAUGUGCUAAAAAUAAACAUUGAUAUUCAAAACACCAACAUUUUCUGGUUAAACUGGUUUGAGAGCAGGUUACUUGAUCAGGCCAAUAAAUGAGUUCCUAAACAUCCUGAAGAAUCAUCUUUACUGAGAAGAUCUGUCACAGUGCGGACUUCAGCUUUGCUUGUUAGGCCUUGAUCCUUUGCUGUCCAAUUCUGCUUCAAAUGAACCCACUGACAUUCAUCUGUAAAAGAACUGAAGAAUAUGUUGAUCAGACAAUUGUUGUCUUUUCAAGUUACCAGAACAUUACUUGUCUUGUGUGAUUUCUUCUACAGAACCAUGGCUGGAAGUGGAACUGGACUGAAGACCCCAGACCUGGUGAAGAAGGUCGCUUCUGCCAAUUCCCAGUUUGGUCUGGACCUGUACAAGAAGGUCGCCUUAGACCUGAAGGACUCCAAUGUGUUUCUGUCUCCCUUCAGCAUCUCAGCAGCUCUGGCCAUGACCCAGCUGGGAGCUCGAGGUGACACAGCAGCUCAGAUGAACCAGGUCCUGAAGUGGACUGACAUCCAGGACUCCGUACAUCCAGGGUUUGAAUACUAUCUGCGUCUUCUGAAAACACAGGAAGACUACGUACUUACAACAGCCAACCGCUUGUUUGUGAAUGAAAAGGCCAAGAUUCUGGAUGAAUUUCUACAGAAGACAGAGAAGCAUUAUGGUGCUCAGGCUGUUCUGUCUGACUUUGUGGGCAAUGGAGCUGGAGAGGCUGAGAAGAUCAACCAAUGGGUGGAAUCGGAGACCAACAGCAAGAUAAAGGAUCUGAUCACUGGUGGAAUCGAUCCACUCACAGCUAUGAUCCUUGUUAAUGCCAUAUACUUCAAAGGCAACUGGGCAGAGAAAUUUGAUCCGACAAGAACAGAGAAGGGCACAUUUAAGGUGAAGCCUGGAGAGACAGUACAAGUUGAUAUGAUGCGGAUGAAGAAGAAGUUCAGGUUUGGCCUAAAUGAUGAACUGAACUGUUCUGUGUUGGAACUGCCUUAUGUAAAGGAGGACCUUAGCAUGUUCUUCUUGUUGCCUGACAAAGAUGAUGGUUUGGGUGAACUGGAAAGCAAACUGAAUCAUGUAUCUUUGAUGGAAGCCUUAAAACGUGUUCACAAAACUACUGUUAACAUCUCUAUGCCCAGAUUUGUAUUGGAAUCAAGCUUUGAGAUGAAUGAAGUCCUGAAGUCACUUGGAAUGUCUGAUGCUUUUGAUGAGCAGAAAGCCGAUCUGUCCGGGAUUGAUGGAACCCGGCUCCUGUAUGUCUCUAAGGUGGUCCACAAGGCCUUCCUGGAAGUCAACGAGGAGGGAAGUGAAGCUGCCGCGGCCACAGCAGUUAUAUUCAUGAGCAACUCGCUCCCUAUAAUUGAGCCUUUCAAGGCAGAUCAUCCCUUCCUGUUCCUCAUCCGUGACAACCGAGCCGAUGUUGUGCUCUUCAUGGGCAGACUUGUUCGUCCUCCCACAGCAGGCUCAGCUGGUGUUUCACAGAAAACUGAACUGUAGAGCCGUUGAUAUGAUUGUGAAUUAGAUCAACUUUAAUUAAGUAGAUUGUUUGACUGAAACUAUUCAUAGAGCUUCUGACAGUUUCCAGAAGUAGGCUAGUAUAUUGUUGUUGUUUCCAUAGAUGAAGGUUCAAGAGUUCAAUAGGGAUGUAGAUACUGAUGGUUAUUGGUAUUCUUUACAUGUAACACCAUAUCCAACAUUGAGGACCAUAUCCAUAGUUAGAGACCAUAUCCGUUGUUGAGGGCCAUAUGUAAAUUUAAGGACCAUAUCCAUUGUUGAGGACAUAUGUAAUGUUAAGCACCAUAUCCGUUGUUGAGGACCAAAUGUAAUGUGGGGAAUCAAACCAGGGUCUUCGGCAUGACAAGCCAAUGGUUUAACCACUAGGCUACCCCACCGCCCCUGUGUGAGAAUGAACAGAGGAUUAUUUUGAUUAAACCCACUUGCCUUAGAAGCCACCACAUGUGUUACAUGUGCUUCAGUGUGGGGAGGGACUGAACACCCAGAAAAUGUCAGGAGUCAAACUGCCGAAUGUGGUCAUUGAUCCAUAAAUCCUCUAAUGCAACUUGAUUCACCUGAUCUGUGAAGUAUGCACUUUACACAGGUCAAUGUGCUACCACAUUAUGACAACCCUACAGAUGUAUAUCAACAGAAAACUGUAUAUUUGCUUCACGUAUGGUUCAAUGGAAAAUAAAUUUAUUCGAGAUUAAAAAGUGCAUCUUUCAA